AUGACGAUAGUAUACUUCGACUGGCUAGACUACGUAGUAUUUGGCGCUAUGUUGCUCUUAUCGUCCUUAAUCGGCGUGUACUUCGCGUUUUUCGCGAGUAAGAAGCAAAACACAACGUCCGAAUAUUUGAUGGGCGGGAAGACAAUGGGAAUGUUUCCUAUUUCAAUGUCGCUUAUAGCCAGUUACAUUUCGGGUAUUUCACUACUCGGCUUACCUGCUGAGAUGUACACGUAUGGUACACAAUUGUGGACAAUAGUUUUGUCCGAAUGGGCAGUAUCACUCACAAUUGCAAUAAUUUACUUGCCAGUAUUCUACAAUUUACAAAUCACAUCAACCUAUGAGUAUCUAAGACUAAGGUUCAACCAAAAGGUCCGCUUGUUAGGAUCAGUCAUUUUUAUAAUCAAAAUGUUGCUUUAUAUACCAAUUGUGAUUUACGUUCCUGCUCUGGCGUUCAGUCAAGUAACCGGUGUAAACCUUCACUUGAUAACACCAAUUGUUUGCAUUGUUUGUAUAUUUUACACAACUCUUGGUGGAAUAAAGGCAGUUGUAUGGACUGAUACGCUACAAACGGUUCUGAUGUAUUUCGGAGUCGUUUUUGUCCUAGUUUAUGGAACUUGGCGACUUGGAGGCAUUGGAAAUGUAAUAGACCUGAACAAAAAAGGAGAUCGUCUUGAGUUUUUUAACAUGGACCUUGAUCCUACUAUUCGACAUACAUUUUGGUCGACAGUUUUUGGAAAUUAUUUUAGUUGGUUAGCAUCCUGUUCUGUUAACCAAGCCAUGGUGCAGAGAUGUCUUGCAUUGUCUUCUUUAAAAAGAGCCCGAAUAACCAUAUUUAUUAUGGCCGCUGGGAUUUUCAUCAUAGUUUCGUUGUGUUGCUAUACAGGGCUAGUUAUUUAUGCAACUUUUUAUAAUUGCGAUCCUCUAACUAUUGGAGCUAUAAGGAAAAGUGAUCAGUUGUUACCAUAUUUUGUUAUGACCAUAACAGGAUCGAUACCGGCCUUACCCGGUAUAUUCAUGAGUGGAGUAUUCAGCGCCGCAUUAAGUUCUAUGUCGACCGGCUUAAAUUCAAUGUGUGGAGUUAUUUUCGAGGAUCUAAUAAGGCCAGCUUACAACAAGCCCAUAACUGAGAAAAACGCCAGUUUUAUCAUGAAAAUUAUAGUCGUAGCAAUUGGGGCAACUUGCGUGGCAUUGGUUUUUUUAGUAGAACACAUGGGUGCACUUAUUCAAGCAGGAAAAAGUUUGGCUGGUAUAACGGCCGGUAGUCUUUUAGGUUUAUUUUCGAUGGGAUUAUUUUUACCAUGGAUUAAUGCUACGGGUGCGCUGGCAGGUGGUAUAUCAUCUACAUUGUUGGUUGGAUGGAUAUCACUUGGUACUCAAGCUGCUAUUAUGCGGGGCGAGAUAAUUAUUUUCUCAAAAGCUGUGUCUGUCGAUGGCUGCGAGGGUAACUAUACGGUACCAAAGGAACCUUCAAUGUCAACUGAAACGGAAUUUGACAGGUCAGGAACAUUCUUCCCGUACAGACUGAGCUACUUGUAUUACACAUUCAUCGGCAUGAUAGUUUGCGUGUUGGUUGGAGCUCUCGUCUCGUAUUUUACGCGGCUAAACGAUCCCACAAUGAUCCAUCGUGACCUACUGACUCCAGUAAUCCAUCGUUGGCUUCCACCUCAAAGUGUCCAUUGUCGCAGACCACGACUCACUCAACAUGAGAUUGAACUACACGCAAGAGAAUUGGAUGAACUGCGAGCUCAUUCCCCUUAUAAUAAAUUUAACAGUAGCCCAGAGUUCUCGCUGAGGAGAAAUAACAAUAAUUAUUAGUAAUAAUUUUCAAAUGAAACAUACCUUAAUCAUAUAAUAUAAAAAUAUAGAAUAUUUACGUAUUAUUUAACUAUUAUUA